AUGGCUACCCCUAGCGUCCUUGUCUUUGAUGCUGAGGGUCGGGCUGUUGACUUUGAGGUCUGGCUCGAUGAUCUGCAGCUUUUCCUACAGUGCGAUAGGGCAGACGGUCUCUCCCUCUUUGACCUCACUUCUGGUGCCUCUCCUUCCCCUGCUGCUGAUGCUGACGCCACUGUUCGCUCACAGUGGGCCACGCGCGAUGCUGCUGCCCGCCUUGCUGUGCGCCGCCACUUGCCGACCGCUGAGCGUGCGCACUUUAGUCAGUACAAGAGUGCUAAGACCUUGUACGACGCUGUAGUUGCACGCUACUCUUCCCCUGCCACUGCUGCGCUUAGCCGCCUCAUACUGCCGUACCUCUUCCCUGACCUCGCCGCUUUUCCCACUGUCGCUGACCUCAUUACGCACCUUCGCACUAGUGACAUUCGCUACCGCGCUGCGCUUCCUGCUGAGGACCACUUUCUCUCUGUUUGCCCCACCACUCUCACCGUUGACCUCCUCGAGGAGCGUCUCCUAGCAGCAGAGAAGAGCAUAGUUGCUGUAGGAGCCUCUCGUGGUGACCCUCGUACCCCUGUCUUUGAGGGGUGCUCCCCCUCCCCCCUCUUGCCCUCUGUUGCCUCUGCUGCUGCGGCCGACCUCGUUGGUCUUGAGUCGGUCGCUGCGGCGUCUACCUCUAGCGGGAGACGCCGCCCAGGCAAGGGCAAGGGGGGCAAGGGCGCUGGGGGAGCUGGCGGAGGCGGUGGAGGCGGCAGUGGAGGAGGCGGAGGGAGUGGGGGUGGCGGUGGGAGUGGUGGUGGGAGUGGGGGCACUAGUGGAGGCAGUGGCGGCGGAGGAGGAGGCGGUGGUGGAGGUAGCGGCGGCGGAGGUGGAGCGGGUCGGGGCGGCUCUACGCAGAGGGUCGGCUCCGGUGGUGGUACGCGCCAGCAGCAGCAGCAGCAGCAGCGUACUCGUGAGACCCCUUCCCCCCAGCAGCUUCGUGAGUGGUACACUGCUCGUCAGCGGGGCGGGGGUGCUGGCCCCUGUACCUACUGA